AUAUGUAAAUGUGGGGCAUCUCGACAACUGUAUUAUCGUACCUUAACGUGUAGCAAAAUCCGUGUAGCAGAUUCUGAAUCAUAAUGUACAUCGACUUGAUUUGGGUUGGUCUUUGCGGUACCGUCACUUUCCUUUCUUGGUGGCCACAAUUUCUCGCUUUCGGGUGCGGCCGUCUCGAUGUCCGCAACCAUGCUUAGCCGUCGUCUGGUGCAUCGCGCCUCCCAGCUGAAGGUGCUGAGUCGCUCAUCUUCUUCUUCUUCCGCAAAUCCUUUAACACCCAUUCCCGCCUCUCCAUCAUCUAUCGCCAAUCAAGCACCAAACCAUCCAACGACAUGGUCAACAAGCCAGAAACCACGCUCGGUCGCCCAGUCAGGUCCGCGUUUUGAGCAAACGAUCUUAGAACUCCAGCCCAAUCCAUUGAGCGCGAUGGAGAUGAUUAACAAUGAGCCUAUUCGUGUUGUGCAUGGGCGGAAAGCUGUUUGUGAUGGUGGAGGAGGACCUCUUGGACAUCCCAAGAUAUAUAUCAACUUGGACAAAGCUGGUCCUCGGCCAUGCGGUUACUGCGGCAUCCGCUUUGAACAAGCUCCGCAUGACCACUAAGUUACAGUAGAAUACGGAUAGUCUCACGUAGUCAACCAUAUAGAAGCAAGACAUUCGCUCCUUCUUUACUAGGGACAGGGAACUGUCAACAUGGGCUGUCAACUGGCAUAUGACUACAUUAUCUAUUCUCAUCCCGCAUCAGACAGUAGUUUGCAUGUUUCUAAAUGCCGUCUGUUGCAAAUGUGGGUAAAAGUACAGCGGCGCUCUACAACGCCCGACCAGACUAAAUAUACUACUAGAAUGGGGUAAGUAUGGUAAGAUAACCAGGAGGAAUACUAGUGUCACAUCAAAUCCGGGCAAAAAUGCC